GGGAAGGAAAAGAAAUAGAUUUGCAUAAAUAGUAAUGUCGGAAUUUGAGGUCGACGUAGGCCUACUCACCAUCACGGACACCCUUGUUGUGAGCGGUCCUAUGCGUAGAGAGGAACAUUUAAUGGAAUCGUGCAAGAAAGCCCUCAAGAUACUCCUGGGCGAGUUUGAGACCCUCCCUGUGGUAUCUAAGAAAAGCAAAUUUGGUGGUGUCGUCAAACUCGUGGAACUUCCCCAAACGGUUAUGAGGCUUCCGCGUGAGAAAGCCCCACCGAAACCAAAGCCGCUCACUGCUUGGCAAAAGUUUGCCCUCAAGAAGGGUAUCGACAUCCACCGAAAGGUACCUAACCGAGUCUUUGAUGAGGAUAAACAAAAAUGGAAGGAUAAGUGGGGUAAACGUGCACGUGAGGAUAAGGAGAAGCACGAUUGGUUGCGUGAAGUAAAGCCAGGAUACAUGCCUUCUGAGGAGGGCGGAGACCCAUUUCUGGAUGACCGCCGCGCCAAACAAACACGUCUAGAGACACAGAAGAAGAAGGAAGAGCAUAAUAAACGUCGUUCAGAACUCAUUGCUAAUGCGCAAAAAGAAGUCAAGCACCUCGAAGCGGCAGCACGUCACUUGACUACUGCAUCUAAUAAUAAAUUUGACUCAGGUAAGCCGCUUCGGAAGAAAAACAAAAUGCCGAAAUAAGCUUAACACUAAGCUAGGAUCUGUGGUUUAUCCUUUACGUAGUGUAAUAUUCGAGUUUCUACCUAAUCGAACUACUGCGGAUUUCUUAAAUACUAAACACGCUUAAUAUCCAAUGCUUUGUUAUUACUAUUUGUCCCA